GUCCUCCUCCUCGCGACUGCCCGCGCUCUCUCUUUGCUCUUGCUUGUUAUUAGAUUCCUCAGUGUUACCCGUCGCUUUCUGCCGCCUUGCCCCCCCGUUGCUUCUGUCUGGCAACUCCCGCUGGCUCCCCUUCGGCCUGUCCGACCUCAGCAACUCACUCGCUCUCGUUGCUUUCCGCCUUCUUUCUGCCCUAGAGCCGACUCGACGGGCACUACCACCAUAACUAAUUCUUUUGGUCAAUCCGGACGCCAACACGCUCGCUCCUCUCCACGCCGCCGCAGAGGGACGCAUCUUGCUUGCAUAGCUCAGUGAUUUCAGAGCCAACCCUCCACGACACAUCCAUAUCCAUUUCCACCAUCAUGCGGUCCUCGACUCUUCUCUCAGCGGCCCUCGCCGCUGGUGCCGCCGCGGCGACACCCUCGCGGACCACCGUCGAGCUGCCUCGCCGGGCCGAGGCCCUACCCGCCGUCUCCGCGUCUGGCAACGCGUUCUGGGCGAACGGCAAGCGCUUCUACAUGCGUGGCAUUGACUACCAGCCGGGCGGUUCUGCUGCCAACCUCGACCCUCUCGCCAACCCCACCAUCUGCCGGCGUGAUAUUCAGCGGUUUGCCGACCUUGGCGUCAACACCAUCCGCGUCUACGCCGUCGACAACGCGGCCGAUCACACCGUGUGCAUGCAGGCCCUCAACGAUGCCGGUAUCUACCUCGUCCUCGAUGUCAACAACCCCCAGUACUCCAUCAACAGAGCCAAGCCGGCCCCGUCGUACAACGAGGUCUACCUCCAGAGUGUCUUCGCCGUCAUUGACGAGUUUUCAAAGUACAGCAACACGCUCGCUUUCUUCUCGGGAAAUGAGGUCAUCAACCACGAUGAGGGUAGUACCCAGGCUGCGCCUUAUGUCAAGGCGACCACUCGUGACAUGAGACAAUACAUGCGCAACCGUGGCCACCGCGUCAUCCCCGUUGGCUACUCCGCCGCCGAUGUCUCUGACAACCGCAUGCAGUCGGCUCAGUACUUUAACUGCGGUACCGAUGACGAGCGCAGUGACUUCUUUGCCUUUAACGACUACUCGUGGUGCUCCCCCUCCAGCUUCACCACCUCCGGCUGGGACGUCAAGGUCCGCAACUUCACCGGCUACGGCCUUCCCAUCUUCCUGUCUGAGUGGGGCUGCAUCACAAACGGCCGCGACUUCUCGGAACUGAGCGCCCUGAUGAGCUCUCAGAUGACGGGAGUCUACUCGGGUGGUCUCAUGUACGAGUACAGCCUCGAGGAGAACAAGUUUGGCAUCAUCGACUUGACCAAGAACCCCGUCUCUGAACUCCCAGAGUUUGGCAAAUUCAAGUCGGCUCUGUCCAAGUACCCGGCCCCCACCGACAACGGCGGCUUUGUGUCGACCACCAACUCAGUCGCCUGCCCUACCACCGACUCUGUGUGGGAUCUCGGCUCGUGGGGCCCGACUGCCUUGCCCGCCAUCCCCGAGGGUGCUAAGAAGUACAUGACUGAGGGCGCUGGCAAGGGCCCUGGCUUGGACGGCUCUGGCUCGCAGAAUUCUGGCGAGGACGUGCACACGACUGCUUCCCCGGGCUCCGGCCAGCCUACAACCACCCCUGGCAGUGGGAACGGCAACGGCCAGGGCGGCGCUGCUGGCCACCUUUCCCCACCGGACUUCAGCAUCUUCGCCGUGACUGGCGUCGUUGCCUUCUGCACCCUUUUCGGCACCCUGCUGCUGUAAGGCUGUCGCCGCGCGACUUGGGGAAGGCUUGUAUGUGGAAGUGGAUGUAAUGACACCGAAUCAGGAAUGACGAAACGGAGUUUCUUGUUCUUGCCCAUAGGAGCGCUAUCUCCUGGAGCAUACCCGGGUGCAUUAACCCGGCAAACAUAUCAACAUUUUAGACUUUGUAAAUUGACAAUGAUUUAUAUUUGG